UUGUGUCUGCUGAUCUGAGAGAGGAGCUAACCUGCCCCAUCUGCCUGAGCAUUUAUACAGAUCCUGUAACUCUCAGCAGUGGCCAUAACUUCUGCCUGGGCUGUAUUGAUAGUGUGCUGGGUACCCAGGAGGGGUCUGGGGUUUAUACCUGUCCUGAGUGCAGAAAGGGAUUCAGUAACAGACCUAAACUGCAGAGGAACCUGAAGUGAAGUAACAUUGUAGGUUGUUUCAUUCCUACUCAUCAAGGGACACAUUCACUCUCCUGUACCUGCUGCUAAAUCAUGUCUGAUGUGUGAGGCUUCUCUGUGUGAUACCCACCUGAGGGUACACAGCAAGUCUGAGGAACACGUCUUAACUGAACCCACCACUUCCUGGGGUAACAGAAAAUGCUCCAAACACAAGAAGCUCCUGGAAUAUUACUGCACUGAGGAUGCUGCCUGUAUCUGUGUGUCCUGCUCCCUGGCCGGAGAGCACAGGGGACACCAGGUGGAGCUGCUGAAUGAGGCUUCUGAGAGGAAGAAAGAGAAACUGAGAAAUGUUCUGCAGAAACUGACCACAAAGAGAGAGAAGACAGAAAAAAGAGUCCAGAGUCUGCAGGAGCACAGGAGAGGGGUGCAAGAGAAAGCAGCUGGUGUAACAGAGCGAGUCCUGAGUGAGAUCACCCGGCAGCAGGAGCAGGUUUUACUCCCAAUCUCUGACCUGAUCCAGCAGCUGGAAAAAGAGAAGGACGAGCUGACCAGGAAGAUGAGUCACAUUGAGGAGUUGUGCAACAUGACUGACCCAUUAACUGUCCUACAAGAACAGGAAUUACACAGAGAUGACUUUUGUGGUGCUGAGAAGGGAGAUAAUGAGGUCACACAGAGAGGUGAUAAACAGGUCCCUGCUGGGGGGAAUUUAGAUGAGGGUCUGAUCUCAGUGACCUUAUACAGAGGUUUAGGUGAUAUUGUGACUGAUGUAAAGAGAGAGAUCUAUGUGCAGGUGACAUCAGACAUAAUACUGGAUAUAAACACAGCUAGUAAUAAUGUUAUUGUAUCAGCUGACCUGAAAACUGCAUCCUGGUCAGAUAUAAACCAACAGCGACCAGUAACACCAGAGAGAUUUACAUCUGCUCCUCAGGUAUUAAGCACCAGGAGCUUUUCCUCAGGACAAAAUUACUGGGAAGUGCAGAUCAGUGAAUCAGGGAUCUGGUGUGUAGGGGUUUGUUAUCCCAGUAUGGGAAGGGGAGGAUAUCAGUCUGGGAUAGGAAAUAAUAACAAGUCCUGGUGUUUGUGUAGUUAUUAUAAAGAUCUUUCAGUGAGACAUAACACAAUAGACACCUCAUUACACCCCCCUCUAUCAUGUGACACAGUAGGAAUACUGCUGGACUAUGAGGCUGGGAGUCUGACCUUUUAUGAGCUGUGUGACCCGAUCAGACACUUACACACUGUCACUGUCACCUUCACUGAGCCUCUUCAUGCGGCAUUCUGGGUAUGGGGUGAUGGUACCUGGGUGAGAAUCCUGCACUAGAUACACUGUCACAUAAUAAUGCUGCAUUCUGUGUAUAUAAAGAUGGUGCCUGGGUGAGAAUCCUGCACUAGAUACACUGUCACAUAAUAAUAAUGCUGCAUUCUGUGUAUAUAAAGAUGGUACC